GUAUAUCUCUCAGCAAUCAACACACCCGUCCUCUUUCCAAGGACACAAUGCAAACCAAAUGCACGGCCUCUACAGCCCUCACUUGUCCCCCUGAUCGACGUCGAUAAGGCUUUCCGCCAGUAGAGCAACGGCAAAGGCCUUCGCGUCUUGGAAAUUGUGGAAUGCAAGGUCGCGCAGGUGCACCCACGGCCCCUUCUGCUGAGGGCCGCCUCGCCCGUCGGGCCGGAUGGGCCAGUCGAACAGCAUCUGCAGAGACCUCACGUGCUCCUCGGUGCCUGCAGAAAAACACGACGCAGCAUGAGGUUUGGCACUGUGCAUGGUGAGUGUCUGGUGCAGGCGCAUACGUGGAAAUUUGAGGCAUGAGGGGUCUGGCGUGUGCUCUCCAUCCAUAUGGUGCGCUCGGUCGUUCUUGAGGGUGCUGAACAGCUGCACACACACACACACACACACACAGAGGGAGAGAGAGAGAGACUUCUGCAUGCGGCGGCCCCUCAGUUUUCAUUCUCCUAGGUACCAGAAUGACGGGCGUCCGGUCUCCUUCGGCCUCUGUAUCUUGGUCUUCGUCGAAGACCAUCCUCGCCCACGAGGGGUUGCGGAAACGAAUGCGGCUGCUCGGCUUCAGAUUUGCAAUGGCAACCUGACAUUAUAUGACACAACAGAGUGAGGAAAGAGACAAGCGCGCCACUCUGUUUGUUUACCAUGGUAGCGGCGUCCAUCUCCUCUGUUUCCAUCUCUUCCGCGCUCGUCGCCUCGCCUCUCUUCCGGCCGGCAGCAGCGCCCUUCGCAGAGGAUGGCAGAUAGGGCGCCAUCCGAUUCACCUGGAAGUCUAUCAUGAACUCAUUUGCCGCCUCAUGGAGGUCCAUGGAGUUGAUGUGCAGAGUAGCCGACAGCCGACGCAGCAGCUUGCUGUAGGUCCUGCCGAACUCAUGCUGCAGACGUUGCCGAGUGGCUCGCGUGGCGGCCUCGCCUGAUGAACGCUUGCGCUUCUUGGUCUCGGGCAGGUCGCUGCCGCUGCCGUUGUCCUCGUCGUACGCUGGGCCCAUAUAGCCACUCCAGCCGACGGGAAGGCUCUUGCGGAAGGCGAAGUCGCUAUCGAACAGCUGCAGACAGACACGUGCAGCACAGCAAGGAUUGGUGUUGGGAUGGCGUGCAGUGCGGCUGGGGCGGGGUGGGUCGCUUACUUUGUUGAGUGCCGUGUCGACCGUCUUGGACAUGAAGUCAGCCCAGGAGCUCCUCUGGUACGUCGACACUGGAUGGAUGGACGCAGAAGGAUGGGCAAUCGGUGCUGCGAUGAAUGGCGGUGCUGGUGGUUGUGGGGUGCAUGCCCUUUCCUUCCUCACCUGUGACGUGGUGCGAGAACGUAUCUCCCACGGCAAUGGCCUGAUGGAUGAAGCCACGUGGGAAGUACAUGACGUCGCCUGAACAAGCAAACCGGCGAGUCGAUCCACUCACAGGUCUGUUUGUGCUGAAUUUUGGCUGAUCUCUUCGUUUGUGUGUGCAGUACCGACCAGGCUCCAGAGUGACGGCGAGUAUGGGAUUGCCGAUCUCGUGCUGCUGAUAGUCGCGGGAGUACUCACGCGGCAGUGGACCGUCCACACACUCAUACAGACGCCACACCUUGGAACCCUCCAACUGCGCCACACCACAGACACACAGCCAGCUGAUGUGGGCACCUCGGUCAUCUCAUGGAUCUUCCCAUCUUGUCACUUGCAUAAUGAAGACGUCCACAUCAUCGUAGUGCGGGGCCAGCCUGCAGGCAUCAGUCCAGCAGAGAGAGGGAGAGAGAGAGUUAUUUGGUGUGGUGAGCUGUGCUUUUCCUGAUUGGUCGUUCGUCAUAUGUACCCCUGUGUGCCGGCCGGCGUCAGGUAGCAGUUGGCACCCACCAGACAGCCGAAGAGCUCCUCUAGCUUCGCACAAAUCUUCCAGAGAGGGUCGACAAACUGCUGCGGGUGCAUCAGCUGCAGCGUGCAGCCGUCCCGCCACUUCUGGUCGACCUCCUCGAAGGUCGCCUCGCCGCUUCUCUCGUACUUGACUGCCUCGCCAUCCACAUACUUCCUCACGAUGAGGUUGCUCUGGUACUGAAGGCGACCCGACUUGCCGCCGUCCCGCCCAUCCAGACCAUCCUUCAGCAGACUAUCUGAAACAACGGGAAGGGGUCAGGCAGUCGAUGACCGAAAGGCUGAUGAAGUCAAGCGCCUGAUUCGCUCACCCAGCUGCUGCUUGGAGAAGAUGUUCUUCAAGUAUGUGUCAUCAUGGCGUUUGAUGCACAAGGGCUUGUUUGCCCAGUAGCACUUGAAGAACUUGUCGAUGCCGACGGGCUCGACAAGCCAUUGCAGCACAUCUGCACCCUGCAAGCGGCACGACAACAAACAGGAAGAGAGAUCAUCACACCUUUGACACCAAGAUGCUCUUCUUUGACGCAUACUGUUUGAUCUGUUUUUCUUCCAGGUUGCUCCUCUGCUUGUGACAUUCAGAAUGGAUGGAUGACUAAGUGAUGGAUGAAUCCGCCAGCCGAAAAGGGUGCAGAGGAGUGCGCGGUGUCGAGACUUGCCCCCGUCGAGAAUUGGGGACAGAGGCAGAGACAAAGAAUAUUCCCUUUCAUCCCUCAGCUUCAUUAUCAGCUAAAUGGCAACGCCAAUGUCCACGCACGCGUCGCGCUUUCCUUCCCUCGCCGCCACGUCAUCCCCGUUGCCAUCGACAGCAUCACCAACUGGUGAGCCACAGGCUGGUGAGCGGAGGUAACCACGUUUGCACUCUGCACCAACUUCUACUGUGGUACCUGCAGGGGUGAGGCCGCCAAGCUCUCCCGCAGCCGCUCCUUGACGGGAGGACAGCAGCAGUCGCCACCAGCGCGUCGCCGUCGUGUCCGUUGCGUGACAGGGGAAGAGGGCUUCCUGAGGUCCACCAUUAGCUCAAGACUGAAGGAAGUUGAACAGCGUGUGCGGGGCUGAGAGGUCGUGACUGUGGUUUAUGGUGAUGCCUAUUGAUUUAGCGGGGUGCAGUGUGGUGCAGGUGUACCUGGACCGCAUUCUCGCUGCCGUCGAGAGAGCCGCGGACGCUUCCUCGCCAUCCUGCGGCACAGGUCACAAAAUAGCAAAGGGAG